AUGGCGAAGCACGAGCGACAAGCUGACGACAGUGCACCUUUGGCCAAAAAGGUGCGAUACGACGACGAGAACCCGCAGGAAUUGAGUUUCCUAGACGAAGUUAAGAAAAGUUUCAGCGCGGACGGCGCUGAUUUUGGUCAAGUGUUCCUGUCCCUAAUCCGUGACAAGGAUCAGAAAGAUGACAUUGUUCGGUUUUUAGAACAGAACGUCGUCUGCAACCCUGUCUCAGUGGAGAUGGACGCCUUCCUGGAGGACGAGAAUGGCUCAACCUGGGCCACCCACGACGUCGACAUGGAUCGAGCCUGGUCCGACGUCGUCGAGCAACUCCGUGGAGUCGGAUUCGACGACUCUAUUAUACGCCUGUUGUCGAAACCAUCGGGGCCACAGAAAGCAGCUCUAUGCUGUUUGUGGCAUUAUCCAACCUUUGCGACAAAGAAGCGUUAUUUCGGGUUAACACUAGAUAGAUCUAACCCUUGUUUAAAGUACCAGUGGAAGAAAAUUGCUGACAAUAGCAGGGUCCGGACUCAAGACACCUAUCCCAUGAGAAGGAUUUACAACUCCCUGGGGCCACAAUGGGAAGAAUUGUUUGCUAACUAUACAGAAGAUAUCGUGAAUGUCUGUCACGAUUUUGCAAAGGAGGCCCUUACAUCAGCCCCCUUUAGUAUCGUUUUGGGGGCUUCAAACUCCAAACUUGUCCGCCAGUUGCUUGAUGGCGACGAGGACUUACUUGUGGAUGACGUUUCCCUCCGGAUUCCUUUUAAGCUAUUUGGGCGGGACCCUUGCGUGGUUAUCCGGGAUAAGAAAACCCGGCAAAUACUUCACGUCAUCUUUUUCAGCUACCACGGGAUGUGGUUUCUUGUGGCAAAGGACCCAAUAAAGGAGGUCCUACUGCUACAUGACCUUAUCUGGAAUGCGGCAUGCCAAUGGAGCGGCGUACCUAUUGCGCAGGAGGGUUUCUUUUCGGACCGUCAGGAUGCGAUUCCACGCGACCUGUUGCGAUGUAUUAUCCAACUUCGACACGUGGAAAAGGAAUCCGGGAUCAUCCUGGAGCACGAAGAGGGACGUCAGAUCCUCUCCAACUACCUUUCGAGGCCCGAACACGCGGAGUUUGUGGAGAAAUUACGGCUGCUGCCAAAGGAGGACAGCUUGUUACGCACUGUACUCCAGUACUGGAAUAUAAAAUCGUUGGCGACCAAGGCAACAAAAAAUUGGCAGGAGAGCGAGGCUGCCCAGCGACAGCGGGAUGCGCUCGACAAAGGGCGCGCGACGCAGGCAACAAUAAAAUGGCAGGACAGCGAGGCUGCCCAGCGACAGCGGGAUGCGGUCGACAAAGGGCGCGCGACGCGGGCAACAAAAAAAUGGCAGGAGAGCGAGGCUGCCCAGCGACAGCGGGAUGCGCUCGACAAAGGGCGCGCGACGCAGGCUGCCCAGCGACAGCGGGAUGCGCUCGCCAAAGGGGGCGCCAAAGGGGGCGCCAAAGGGGGCGCCAAAGGGGGCGCGACCAUGGCAACAAAAAAACAGCAGGAGAGCGAGGCUGCCCAGCGACAGCGGGAUGCGCUCGAGAGGCGCGCCAAAUGGAACGCUAAACGGAGAGAGAUGUCUCGUAUACGACUCGUAGCGCGGCUACAAGCUAAAUUAGCUGAAGAAGCUGAACUGCGACGGCAGAGCGAAGCUAUACAGUAA